ACAGAGAGUUGUGCUUUAUUCUUUGGAUAAAUGUUUUGAAAAUGUGCCCUUAUGCCAUCCGUAGCCUGCCCGGUGAAUGGUAUAUGUUUCUUCGGUGCGAAGAGGUCUCAAAUGGGCGGGAAUUGUUACUGCGUGAUGCGAAGUGAUGCUGAUGGGAGCUGACGUACAGUAUUUAAAUCUGUACGGUCUGACGGAAGUUGUGUUACCUCUACAUCGUACGUGAUUGAUCUACCUCCAUCUGCAAGCUGCUUUAUAACUUAAUUGAUUUUGUUGAUUCAUGAACUUUGAAGAACAACAGACACUCAUUUGAUUUAGUGGCUAUUUUCUGAGUAAAUUAUGGCCAAAGUUCAGGUGGUUAAUGUAGUAGUAUUAGAUAAUCCAUCUGCAUUUCUGAAUCCGUUCCAAUUUGAAAUUACAUUUGAAUGUGUGGAAGACUUGCAGGAAGAUUUGGAAUGGAAAAUCAUUUAUGUUGGUUCUGCAGAAAGUGAGGAAUAUGAUCAAGUUUUGGAUACAGUGUAUGUUGGGCCUGUGCCAGAAGGAAGACACAUGUUUGUCUUUCAAGCAGAUCCUCCAGAUCCUGCAAAGAUUCCUGUUGCUGAUGUAAUAGGUGUAACAGUUGUGUUACUGACCUGUUCAUACAGAGGACAAGAGUUCAUUCGUGUAGGUUAUUAUGUGAACAAUGAUUAUGUUGAUCCAGAGAUAAGAGAAAAUCAGCCACCAUCAGCACCUCCUCAAUUUGACAAACUACAACGUAAUAUUCUUGCUACUAAUCCUCGUGUUACCCGUUUCAAAGUGGACUGGGACAACCACUCCAAACAAGAAGAGAAAAUGGACAGUACCGCAGAUCCUGUUGAUAAUAGCAUGGAUGCAACUUUCAAAAGUGGUUUUUUGAAUUCUGUUCAUGAAAACAGCAUGAAUGUGGAGCCAUAAACAUUUGGGCAGCUGGUGUUAAUUUAUUUUGAAUGAUAUCGUGGGGAAGCUAAAUGAGAAUGAGCGAUUUUACUGGCUUUGUAUUGCCUCCCAGGCCAGAAAGGCCUGAUGACAGUGAUUGCUGCAAAAGUGACUGUGAAAUGUGUGUUUUCAGUGUGUAUGAUACAAAAUUAGCAGAAUGGGAGAAACUAUGCCGUGAUAUUAAAAAGGAAGAAUACAGAAAGGUUUUAGAUUUACCAUCCAUAUUAUCGCAGAUUAAAUAUACACCUUUUCAACUUGUAUCCAUUUUAGCUCUAACACCUGAUACGAAAAUAUAUAGGUUUCAAAUUUCCGAAAAAGACCGAACAGACUUAAAAAAUAAACAUUCUUUUAGUCUGAACAUUGAAAUCGGUCAGCAUUUGAUAAUGAAGAAUAAAGUUGGCAGUAGUGACUGUAUUGUUUCAAGGGCUUACACUCCCAUAUCUGAUCUUGAAGCUCAUAUGCAGGGAUGUUUUGAAGUGUUAAUUAAAUUGUAUCCAAGUGGGAAAAUGUCAAAUUAUGUAAAAUCUUGGACUAUUGGUGAAUUUGUUCAUUGGCGUGGUCCAUUUGGAGAUUUCAAAUAUUCUGCAAAUAAAUAUGAGCAAGUAAUUAUGUGCUGCGCAGGAACUGGAAUUGCUCCAAUGUUGCGAUUGAUUAAAUCAAUUGUGGAAGAUGACACUGAGGAAACUUUUAUGCAUUUAUUAUACUCUUGUAAAAAGUAUGAGGAAAUGCUUAUGUGUGAUGAAAUUUCAUACUUCAGAACCUUCUGGAAUUUUUCAUUUUGUAUGUUUGUAACACAAGAAAAUCCACAGAAUGUUCGCUAUGGAGAAACUGUGGUUCAAGGCAGAAUUACAUCAGAUGUACUUGCAAAAAAAGUGUCUGAAAAGUCUUUGGAUAAAACUCUUGUAUUGAUAUGUGGAACUGAAACUUUCAACAAGGAUAUGAAGAAUUUUGUGCAAGAAUCAGGAGUGCUGGAAAACAACAUUUAUGUUUUUUGAUGUUUCUUACUGUUGCAUUAAGAAGUAUCAAUGGAAACAUCGAUGCGUUAAUGAAUUGUGAUAAACUUAAUUUGAACUAUUGUUGGCGAUUGUUUUAAUGGUUUUGUUUCUUGAAAUUGAAAUGUUUGCAUAUCUAGCUAGAGCUUGUGAUAGGAAUGUACAUAUUGAAAAUUCAGUUCAAUUGGGCUUUACUACCAAAGUUAUUUCAGAAUGAAUAGAACUAGAAGUUCUAAAAAUUCUUUUCUACAUUUAUAUCAUGUUUUGUAUGAUAAUUUGGGGAAAGUUAUUGACCAUUGUACAAGUAUUUUCAUUUUGUGGUAUUUAUUAUUACUAGACUAAUCGAUUUGUAAGUUUUGUCACAAUUUUGUGUAUUAUAGAAAGGUUCUUAUUUAUUGCUUGGAAGGAAUUGGAAAGUUAUGCUGAUUUGAGUAACUUCCAAAUCCCCUUUUCUGUUAGUUAUUCCUCCACUGUAACUAAACUGUUUUAUGUUGCUUCUGUUUGUAAUGUGUUUUUAGAUGUAUAUGGCAUGGAGUGGCAUUGUCUUUUUAAACUUGAGAAGUUUCUUCCAAGUUGUUGCAAAUAUCCAUUUUGGAUUUUCAGGUUUGGGCCUGGGAACUUAAAGUUUCGGUCUGAAUGAUUAAAUGUGUUCAAUAAAAUUGCAAUCUGUAUUUUUACUAUGAAAGUGUGCCCUUGUUUGUUUAUAUGUUCAUAUUGUCCCUGAAUACGUAUGUUUUCACCUACCAAAUUUCCAGUUUAAAGCAGCCAUUGAUACUUUUUUUUUUUUUU